AUUUUAUUAACAUUUUUAAGCAGGUAUAAAGGCCAUACUGUUUAUACAACUAUCUUUUAAAUUAAAAGUGUAGUGGUGUGUUGAUCAUAUUCGGGAAGUUUGAACAUUAUAUUUGAAAGUAAAAUGAUUCCGAAAAGUAUGGAACUCGUCCAAGAUGACAUUGUCAUUUCUGGUAUCGGAGGCUACUUUCCGCAAUCCCUAAAUAUUGAAGAGUUUCAGAAACAUCUGUUAGAAAACAAAAAUUUGGUUGAAACUAGAUGGCGUCAAGGUGAAAGAGGUGUGAGCAACCAUGUCGGCACGGUUCCAACUGAAUUUUUUGAUAAUUCCUAUUUCGGAAUUCACAGACAGCAAUGCACUUUUAUGGAUCCCAUGCAACGUUUGGUCCUGGAAAGAACAUUUGAAGCUCUCAUUGAUGCUGGUGUGAAUCCAACUGAAAUUAAGGGAAAAAGAAUUGGAGUGUUUAUGGGUUCAUCUAUUGGUGAAAAUGAUAAUUUGUUCUUAGAGUCCAUUGUGUCUGGAUUUGGUGUUACUGGUCAUUCAAGAGCAAUGAUGCCGAACAGAAUAUCUUACUGGUUAAACUUAAAAGGCCCAAGCGUAGCAUAUGAUUCAAACUGGAUAGGCGGAAUAGAAGUGAUCCGUUUGGCAUUCGAAGCCAUUAAAACUGGUCAAUGCGAGUCUGUCAUUGUAGGUACCGCUAAUUUAGCACUUAACGCUGAGUUUCAGUGGUUGUACACCGAUAUGGGACUCCUGAGUCCAGAUGGAAGUACCCGGGCUUUUGAUGCUGAUGCUAAGGGUUAUACCAGAUCAGACGGUAUAGUGGUACUAUAUAUUCAAAAAGCUUCAGAAGCUAAAAGAUCAUAUGCAAGCAUCGUAAAUGUUUCCACGAUGUUCGAUGGAGCUCACGAAGGAAGUAUUCAAAAUUUCUCAGUACCUAGUAUGGUGGAUUUCUUAUCUAAAUUUUAUGAAGAUUCACCAGUUAAUCCCGAAGACGUGGAAUUUGUGGAAACAUAUGGUUGCGGACAUAAGGUUACAGAUGAAAGGGAACUAACAGCUCUCCAGCAAGUAUAUUGUAAAAAUCGCAAAGAUCCUCUUUUAGUCGGCUCUGUUAAAACCAACACGGGGCAUAGUGAGGCAUCCUCCGCAAUGUUUUCGGUGGCUAAAGUAUUGAUUGCUAUGGAACAGGGCAUUAUACCUGCUACAAUUCAGCAUGAGAAACCGAAUACCAAUAUUCAAGGACUUGUAGAUGGAUCUGUGAAAAUUGUUAAUAAAAAUAGAAAAUGGAAUCCAACAUAUGCUGCAGUAAACGCUUUGGGGCUUGAUUCAUAUUAUGGUCAUUUGCUUCUAAAAGCGAAUCCCAAGAACAAAAUUAUUAAAACGGAAGAAAUUCCUAAGUUAGUGGUUGCUUCUACCAGAACUGAAGAAGGAAUUAAAGACAUUUUGGAACAGGUAAGUCAUAAAGCUGAUCAGGCCGAAUACAUUCAGCUUUCGCAAGACCUGUUUGCAAAGUCGAUUUUGGGCCACUUGUACCGAGGUUACACUUUGGUAGGAUCUCAGGAGCCUAAACAGGAAAUUGAAUAUCAUCAAGGAACAAAACGACAAAUUUGGUUCGUUUUUUCCGGAAUGGGAUCUCAGUGGAACGGUAUGGUCGGAGACUUAAUGAAACUUCCCGUGUUCGCUUCGGCAAUUCAGAAGUGUCACGACAUUUUAAUACCAAAAGGUGUUGACUUGAUAAAUAUCAUAUCGUCACAAGACAAAGCAAUUUUUGAUAAUAUUUUACAUGCGUUUGUUGGAAUUGCUGCUAUCCAGAUCGCUUUAACAGAUGUGUUAAAAGCAGUUGGCAUAGUACCAGAUGGAAUUAUCGGUCACUCAGUCGGUGAACUUGGAUGUGCUUACGCUGACGGUUGCGUUACAGCUGAACAAAUGAUUUUAGCGGCCUAUUGUAGAGGAAGAGCUUCCUUAGAAGCUGAGCUUAUUCCCGGAAUGAUGGCUGCCAUAGGUGUUGGCUAUAACACAAUUAAGUCCAAACUUCCACCCACGAUCGAAGUGGCUUGUCACAACGGGCCAGAUAGCGCCACUCUUUCUGGACCACGUGAAGAUAUGGAAAAGUUUGUAGGUCAAUUACAAUCAGAGGGAAUCUUUGCCCGCCUGGUUAAUGUAGCUGGUAUUGCUUACCACAGUAAAUAUAUUAAACCAGCGGCACCUCUAUUACUUAAGUAUCUCAAACAAGUUAUUCCGCAUCCAGUAAAGAGAUCUUCUAAAUGGGUCUCUACUUCUAAUUUAGAAGAAAAUUGGAACACUGAACUGGCUCAGCAUUCGUCUCCCGACUAUCACACAAACAAUUUAUUGAGUUCAGUAUAUUUCGAAGAAGGAAUGAAGCACAUUCCUAAGGACUCGAUUCUAAUUGAGAUUGCGCCACAUGGUUUACUUCAAGCUAUUUUGAAGCGAUCUUUAAAAAGUGGAUGCACCAAUAUACCACUUACUCAAAGAGGAUGCAAAAGUGGUAUUGAGUUUUUGCUGACUGCCUUAGGAAAAAUGUACCUAGCUGGCAUGGACUUAUCCAUAGCAAAUAUUUAUCCGAGGCUAGAGUAUCCUGUUGGCAGAGGUACUCCUUCUCUGGCUCCUCUGGCUCACUGGAAUCACAGUGAAUCGUGGAGAACUGGUCUAGAAGAUAAAUUGCACUCCUUAUUCAGUAUAAUUGAUAUGCAAGUGACAUUAAAUAGUGAAGAAUUUAGGGAAUGUGUUGGUCACCAACUAGACGAUAAUAUUAUUCUACCAGCAAGUUUUUAUUUAAAUAUUGCCUAUCAGCUGAUAUCUAACAUUAGUAGCGGACAUAAGGAAAUUCUCUUUGAAAACUUGCAUUUUAGGAAAGUCCUAACUAUCCCUAAAAUAGGAUCCGUACCUCUUCACGCAAUGGUACAAAAAGGUUCGGGAGAAUUUGAAAUAACAUCAAAUAAAGAUAUUAUUAUGACUGGUAAAAUGACGUUUCCGCAAGCUAAUGAGCAGUUUAUGGUAGAACCAAGCGAUUUGGAACUUUCCGAAGAAAAUGUAUUGUUGUCGGGCAGCGAUGUUUAUAAUGAAUUUCAACAUCGAGGCCACAAGUACUCGGGGUUGUUUAAAGCCAUCAAAAAUCUUACCCUUACAGAAGAUGGUUCUUCGGCAGUAAUACAAUGGAAUAAUCGUUGGACUAUGUUUUUGGAAUCUAUGAUUCAGCAACAUCUUUUAAAGGGUGGAGAACGUGAUCAAGAAAUUCAAGUCCCAAAAACGAUCCAAAAGGUUUGCAUAGACCAAAAACUAUUUCCAGGCGAAAAAACUGAUUUGAAAGUAAAUUAUGACUAUGCAACCAAGAUUAUAUCGACUGAUGGCAUACAACUUAUUGGAAUGCAAUCAAUCCCAUUAGAAACCGAAAAAAAGAAAACCUAUAUAGAUUCGGUGGAAUAUGUUCCACUAAACAACAUGGAAUAUUCUAAAAUUGAAACUGGCAUUGCGGUAGCAGUUCAGUUAGCAAUUACCAACUUUUCGGAUCAAUAUAUAAACAAUAUUAUGGUUACUGAAAUAGCUAGCGAACAACCAUUGUUACCAUUUAUUAACUCUGCAAUUAGUCAGUUUCCUCGGCUUAACCCAAACAUCAUAACGGUUAAGGAUACUAAAAGUGUGGCAGUUCAAAGUGGUUAUCCUCUUUUGAUUGUUUAUAAUGGUCCUAUUAAUAAUGAACUGUCAGUAAUUUUAUCAUCAUCUCACGCUUUUGCAUUAGUGAAAACUGAUAAAAAUAUUUUAUCUUAUCCGGAUAUUACCACUGUUGCCAACUUUACUGUUAAGGAUGAACAGUAUUCGAUUUUGAAGAAGGCCAACAACAAUGACGUUUCUAUUGUUAAUAUUAAAAGCGACGUGGUCAGCAUUAAAGACUUAAAGAGACAGUCCGCAUCUUGGGUUAGUGAAUUGCUUUGCGCUAUUGAAAAUGCUUCUGUAGCACACAAAAUAGUAUAUUUAGUUACUUCAGUAGUUCCCUUAGAAGGGUUUACCAAUUUCUUACAAGAGCUGAAAUCUCAACCCAACAUGGAUAUUUUAAGAAUGUUUAUAAACUUAGAUAAAAAAACAAACAUCGAUAUGAAGGAAAUUACAAGGAGAGACUUGAAUUUAUCUAUAUUAAAAGAUGGAGUGCUUUGUGCGUAUUUACCGGUGCCAGUUCAGUUAAAAGAUAAUAUUUUGUUAAAUACAACAAUUAGUAAUAUAGCCAAAAAUAAGGUUAUCAACCACAUUGGGUUGAACCUUGUUGAUGUGACGAUUAAUCCUAGUACUGAGAAAUCUCCUGAACUAGGGUUAUUGGACUAUGCAUGUACUGCAAAUAAUGGCCAAAAAUCUAUGGGUAUUGCUAGUCUCGAUAAAGAUACUUGUAGAUUAGAAUUUGAUCCCAUUUUGAACUGGGAUUAUCCCGAUAAUUGGAGCUCAGAAGAUGCUGCAACCGUACCAUACGCUUAUGCUUGUGCUUACCAUGCCCUUUAUGUAAAGGGCGAACUGAAAGCUGGAAAUACAGUUCUUAUACACGCCGGUUGCUCGCCAAUUGGAAUAGCAGCCAUUUCUAUUGCUAUGUCAGCUAGUUGUACUGUAUUUACGACAGUAUCCACAGACCAACAAAGAGAAUUUUUGAGGAAAAAAUUUAAGUGUAUGAGUGACAACCAAAUACUCAGUUCAGAUGAGGCAAGCUUUGAUCCCCAUCUCAUGAUGGCAACUGGCGGUAAAGGAGCAAAUGUUAUUCUCAAUUGUCUUUCCGGCAGCCUUUUACAUUCUUCCUUAUCUUGUAUAGCUGAUUUUGGAAGAUUUUUGCAAAUAGGAAAAUAUGAUCUAGAAGAAAACAAUAGCAUUGGUAUGCACUGUUUCCUGCGUAAUGUAUCAUUUUACGCGAUUGAUCUGAACCUUACAACCCAACCUGAUGACGUGAAAAAAGAAAUUUGGGCACUUGUGCAAGAGGGAAUCGCCAAACGUUUCGUCACACCAAUUUGGAGAGUUGUCUACAACCACCAUGAGGUACCGGCCAUAUUAAAAAAUAUAAAGAAAUCAAGCAAUAUUGGCAAAGCAAUUCUCAACAUAGAAAAUAAUCUACCCUUAAAUAAACUAAACGUCAGGAGACCUAAUCAAUUUAUUUGUGACCCAAAGAGUUCAUAUUUGGUUUACGGUGGGAAUGCGGAUCAAUGGACGGAUAUGGUAGAAUGGUUAGUAAAGCGUGGAGCCAAAAAAGUAGUGGUUUCUAGCGACUCAAAGGGUUUACAGAAUCACAUCAAUCGGCGUUUAUCUCUUCUUCAAUCCUACUUUGGUUCUGAUAUUAUAUUUGCUCCUAAUAAGGCACACACUAAAGAAGGAGCAUCAGAGCUUUUAUCCGAGGUUUAUUUCCUGGGACCAAUCCAUGCUGUAUUUUUGCUGCCACAAGUAAAAAUGAACUCACCAUCGAAAGUCAGCGAUAUUAAGCCAGUUCAGUACAUUGAGAAUGCUUUAAGGACAACUGCUCCAAAAGCACUCUUUACUAAUUUUAUUAGUUCCGCUGCUGGUGUCUGUCAAGUACGGGCUGAUGCUAAUUACACUACUUAUAAUAUUCAGUGGUUCAAGGAUUUGGAAUUUGGUGAUGCGCUGUCAGGUUUAGAUAAUGUUCUAACCUACAAGAUAAAAAAUAUUUUAAUAAACAAUGACAAAAAUAAUGAGACCAAGCAAGAAAGUACGCAAGCACUCUUUAAAAAGCUGUCCCAAAUGCUUCCCCAUUCUCCGGAACAAGUAAUUGAACAAACCAAUAGUGCUCCAGAAGAGCCUGAACUCGUGCAGUUGAUUACGGAAGGCCCCAAGGAAAUUCGUGAACUUAUUCCACUGUUUAUAUUUCCCGGCCUGAAUACCGAAAAGGAGAUUGAGAAACUUGCACUACAGCUCAUGGUCCCUACUUUCUCUGCUGUAUUGCCGAGUGUAUCAUCGAAUUUAAGAGAGUUAGCUGUUAAGCUAGUGACGCAAAUGAAAGCCGUUUGGCCCGAAGGACCAUACAACAUAGUCGGCGUAUCUUGGGGAGGAGUCCUGGCAACAGAAAUUGCCAAGAUCCUAGAUAAAGAGUAUAAGUCCAAGAUCUACUUAUACCUUAUAGAUGGUGCUCCCACUACACUACAAUCUGCCAUUAAGCAUAUGGGUCAGGGAAGUGAAAUGGAAAUAAAUAUAUUGACGCGGAUAUUUAACAGUAAUGACUCUCAGGUGCUUAAGAAACUUCAAAGUACAGAAACUUGGGAAGAAAAGGUUAACUACAUGUUAAGUAAUUAUACUGCUGAACCUGAAGAUAAAAAAGCUUUAGAAGAAGGUCUAUUUAUACUUAGGAAUAGACUUUUAGAUGUAAUAGCGUACAAGCCAGAUGAUAAUUUGGUUAAUGGAAUCUCUCACUUAAUCAGACCAAAUGAUUGCAGUCAAUAUGAUAAUUGUGAUUUAACAUUGUAUUUGAAACAAACGCCACAAGUCCAUCUGGUUCCUGGUGAUCAUACGACGAUUAUCACACAUCAAGACACUGCAGAAUAUAUCAAUGAAACUUUCCAACUAAUAUAAGUUAAUAAUAAACACUUGUAUGUUGAAUAUUUUAUAAUAUAAUAAAAGUAUAUGGUUCAAGAA